CCAGAGGUGGCUAAGCUUUCGUAAAUAUUAUCCUUCAUGGGUAAUAGCUAAGUGGAAUAGACUACCUGAAAGUGUCGUCUGCAGCCCUGGCGUCAGCACUUUAAAAACAGAUCGGACAACUGUGAGAGAGAUGCCCAGAGAAGAGGCAGCCUUAGGAGUAGUUAGCUCCCUGCCUCUUUACUAUCACUAAGGCUGCCUCUCUUGUCUGCACCCAAAACCCUCUGCCUUGAGAAGCCUCUGCCACACCCUGUAGCCGUGCACCCCUUGGCUCCACUCACCACCCCGCUGCCUCAGACUGCUGCUCAGAUGGCUGACUCACAAGACAAGCUCAGCAAGCCUCAAGGCAUCCCAAGGGGCCACCUGGGUGUUGGCCUUCAUCGGGGUCGAGCGCGGGGCAUCAGCAGGAUCUCCACCACCUCUGCCUCAAGCUCUCUCAAGCGAGGGUCUGGGUCUUCACUGUCAAGUCGAGGAAAGUCCCCUUCCGUAGAUGAAGAAAGUAAAAAUGGUCCCAAGCCAAGCAGCCGUCCCAGGCCAUCAAGAUAUAGUUCAGUCCGUGCCAGAAUCCAGGUCCACCGAGGCAGGCCGGCGAUGCGAGGCUUUGCCAAUGUUGGUGCAGUGUUUGGUGAUGCCAAGAAGGAGGAGCUGCACCCUCAGAUUAUAAGGAUGGCAAGAAAAUCUGGGCAGCUGAAUCUUUCUAAUAAGGGGCUUGUUGAAGUCCCGGAAAAGGUGUAUCACAUCAAUGAAAUAGACACCGAGGAGGCCAAGAAGAUGACCAUGAACAUGAGGAUGGACAACAGUGAUGACGACCGCUGGUGGGAGCAAGUGGACCUCACCCGCCUCUACCUGAACUCCAACCAGCUGGCCUCCCUCUCCCCCAUGAUCAACAACCUUCAGUCUCUGCAGGUCUUGGAUCUUUCAGAUAACCUCCUCAGCACCUUGCCCUCAACCCUUGGGGAGCUGACCUGCCUCCAGAGACUCAACCUCAGCCACAACAAGCUGCAGGAGUUGCCAGCAGGUGCCUAUAUUCUCCCAGACUUACGGUCCUUGCAGCUUGACCAUAAUAAUUUCUCAUCUCUCCCUGAUGACUUGGGAAACUUGCCAGUUCUGGAAUAUUUGGAUGUUUCCCACAAUGCCUUGACCAGCUUGCCCUUCAGUAUUGGCUACCUGCAGAGGCUGUCAAAGUUUAAUGCUUCAGAGAAUGAGAUAACGGAGCUCCCGCCAGAAAUUGGAGACUGUUUUGCCCUGAGUCAACUUGAUCUAACUCAUAACAAGAUUGAGUCUCUGCCCGACACUAUUGGCAACUUGAGAAAGCUAGAGCAGCUGUAUCUUCGCCACAACCGGAUAAAGAGCGUCCCGCCCCUGCACAGCUGCUUGGCCCUGAAGGAACUCUACCUGGGAAAUAACUUCAUCAAGGAAAUAAAUGCAGAGCAGCUGACUCACCUAACUGGCAUUAGUAUUUUGGACCUGCGGGACAACCAGAUGGACGACCUGCCAGACCAGAUCACACUGCUGCAGGGCCUGGAGCGCCUGGACAUCACCAACAACAACUUAUCCACGCUACCUUUCCAUCUUGGCCUCCUGCCUCACCUGAAGUCAAUGCCUUUGGAGGGCAACCCAAUGCGUCUCAUCCGUCGUGACAUUGUGCAGCGUGGGACUGUCCAGCUUCUGAAGUACCUCAGGUCCAGAGUGUCAGCACCAAUACACACAUUCCCAGGGUUUGAGAACACACCUGCAGACACCAAUAUGAUCCUUGACAACAGGUCAGUCCCAGACAAGUACCAGAUGAAGAGUACUCAGACUGUCUCUUACAAUGAAAAGGCAACAGUCAUUCCAGAGCAGCUGUUUGAAAAUGCUGCUGAGGCUGCUGUGAGGACAGUUGACCUAAGUAAAAACUUGCUGACUGAGAUUCCUGACAAAUUGGAAAUGUUGUCAAGACAUGCAUCUGAAGUGAUGCUGGGCCAAAACCGACUGACAAGCCUUCCAUCAUGGAUCGGAAAGUUUCAUCGCCUACAAUUCCUGGACCUUCAAGGAAACCAACUCACUGACCUUCCAACUGACUUGGCUUCUUUACUUUAUCUCCGAGAAAUUAACAUAACAGCAAACAAGUUUGAGAUGGUGCCGGCAUGUGUGUAUGAAAUGGAACAAUUGGAAAUCCUCUGUGCUGCCAACAACCAGAUCAGUUUCAUCUAUGUUGAAGGCUUGAGCAAGUUAAAGCGCCUGGCAACACUGGAUCUGCAUAACAAUAACAUUGAUUUUGUCCCACCAUCUCUUGGGAACAUAACUCAGCUAAGGACUCUUGUGUUGCAUGGAAACCCCUUCAGAGUGCCAAGGAGAACCAUCUUGGACAAGGGGACUCGAGAAACCCUUGAGUACCUUCGCAGCAGGAUUGUUGAUGAGUGAAGCAUUUUUGUUGCGGAGUCAUGUUUUGUCUGUAAGUUGAAUAUUUCAAAGUAUAAAACUCGUGUGUUACUUACUUUUAAUCCAGCAGCAGGACCCCAUAUUUUUAGACAACAUUGCAGUGUCCAUUUACAAUGAUUUCUUUGUAUUUUCUGAUAGUUAUUCGUGUCUUUAUGAUUUUUAGGCUGGGUGACCAAUUCCUAGCUGUUUGCCUUAUUCAGAUUCCAAGAUGGCUGCAACGUAUGUUUUUAAGGGUGACAAGUCUCGUUAUGAUGUUACUAUUUUACUAAUUGGAGGCCAUCUUGGUGAUGUUAUUGAAAAUGUUCCCCAAAUCACUAGACAAAAAUCCACAAUUACUACUAAAGCUCAUAUUUUAUUCAUUCUUUUCCUCAUCAUAGUUAUAAUCUUGAUUAUCUACAUCAUCAGUGUCAUGUGUUGUAUGUUCCCCUUGAUAAUGUCUGCUGUGAGUUGACCAAGUUGAUCCAGUGUGUGUCCUUUUUUUGACACAGCAGUUGCUGUUGUUUUGCCAACUCCAUAGGUCACUGCAAUGGAGUCAGCCAGUUAGGGCAUGCAGUGCUAAGACUGACAGUACAGUGUCAGCAUGUCUGUGGGCUGAUCCCUUUAUGUCAUUGCAAGUAUGACCUUUGAUGGUGACUGCAUUGUCUUGGACAACUCAAGUUUCUUACUCAUGUGAAAGAACAGCAGUAAAGGAAAUACAUCAUUGUCAUCACACACAACACAUACUUAUGAUUCUGGACCUUCUUUUGCAAUGUGGAUGGCUUGUUAAGUAAUUACAAUGUUUGCCUCUUUCACAUCGGGGAGGCGGUGGGUGAGUAGUUAGUGCGCUGGCGCCACGUCUGCCACGUCCAGGAGGAUGCAGGUUUGAGUCUUGCCUGCCGCCACAGCUGGGAUUUUUCAGUCACUGUCGAGUGGCCUAAUACUACCCACAUGUUGUCCUGAAGACCACCUAUCAACCCGGACUUUAGAUUCUCUCUCUAAAAGAGAGGCUCAAAGAUGAGCUGUAAGGGGCAGCAUGAGCCAAACAAGAUGGUGCCACAAUAAACACUUGCCUGCGCCACAACGGACUGGGGCUGACCAUCCGGUCCCACCAAGAAAGCCUACCCGUGCCAGAGGCAGAAACAAAUUUUUUCCUAAAUGUGUUGAGGCAAUAUAUAUACUUUUCAGCCCUUUAGACACGUGUGGGUACUGGCUUGUCCCCGGUGACUACCAGCUUGUGGUCUUGUGUCACGUUUUGUAAGAACUCCUUAUGAUUCAGGAUCUGUUCGCAAAUGAUUGUAUUCAGAUGUGUCUUGGUGUAGUCCUUCAGCAUUGCAUCUCGAGCAGGCAGUGGAGUUGUCAGUGUGAGGUGAUGGAUGCAGCUAACAGUUGCUCUUGAAGCCUUCGCACUACUUUUGGUUGAGAAGUUGUAAUUUUGGUUGAAGUAGAGGUAGACAAAGCCUGAUACAAACAUGGCAACAGUUCGCUGAGCUGGCCAGCCAACUGUCCCAAUAGCAGCUGACACAUCUUUCAUGAUGGCUGUUGGUCCUAUGGUUAGGUGUUGAGAUACUUCCACCUGGAUUCUUGUCCUCAGUGUUGACUUUCCAGUAGCAACCCAAAUCUGGCCAUCAGCAUGGAACAUUGAUGGUGGAUAAGUGGUCAACUUGGUGGCCAUUACUCAUUGAAAGUUGAGGUCCUGCUGACUCACUAGAAGGCCGAUAACACAAGCGUAGAUUGCUUCUUGGUCAAUAACAACAUGUUCCCUGAUUUUGAGAUGUUUCUGUUUUGCUGCAAAGGUGAUUACUACUUUUGAGAGAGAGCUGUGGAAGCCAUCUGGCCAUAGCCUCUCAAACUGGAUCAUUUGUUCAGCUCCAAUGUUCAAGGCCCUGUCAACAUUUACAUUUGGUUGUGCUACGUGACCACUCAAGAUACUGAGCUAAGAGCUUGUCACAUGAUAAUAUGGAUUCACAGGGUUAAUGCAUAUCGAGUUCUGCGCAGUGAUUGGUGAUCAUCUCUGUCCCGAACAAUACGACUUGGAGACUCCUCAUUGUGGGUCAUUUGCACAUUCUCUUCACCCCCAGACAUCUUCAGGUCACCAAUCAAGGUCACUGUCACAUUCAUACUGAACAGCCAUGUUGCCAUUGUAUGAGGGUUCUCUGUUGUUCCAAUAAUGCCACCUGGUCCAUGUCCGUUACUCAUCUGUUUAGUCACAAUAAACAUAUCAUUCCACUGUCCAUUGUAGAUACCAGCAGUGUGAUGCAGUGACUGCACUCCUCUGCAAAGCCUAUUUAGAUUGUCUGGCCCUAGCCAGGUCAUGGAAAGAAUGUAGCACAGCCUAUAUCUUCCAUAGUCGUAUUUGCGUGCAUCAAACAUGUAGGGUAGCAUAUCUUCAACAGUUUUGACGUGGAGGGGUCAGCAACCUUCAUGUGAUGCUCGACAAAACCUCAUCAUCAGGAAAAUAGGUUUGAUAUUAUUUACUCAUAUUUUUAUAGUAUGGCUCACAGCAGAAAGUUCAUCAAGGACUUAACCAAGGUCAUCCAUACUGGAUAUGUCUAGAUCCUCUUUCUCAAACAUUGGUCGCUGAAUGCGGCAUCAACUUCCUUGCACUAUCCUCUGUGCCUGUGGUGGUGGUCUGGCCUGCUUAAACUCUUUAAC